AAAAAAAAGCCCACGGUUCAGAAGCGUUGGGUCGAUAAGACGGGGCGACGGGCCACUGCUGAUGAUGGUGGAGCUCUUUUCCUCCGCGCUUCUUCCUGCUAGAAAUGCAAUGCUUCCCAAAUCCCAAGCUACAAUGUGCCUUUCCCUUUGUUGGGUUACAGUUUGUUUAGCCGACAGCAAUUUGAGAGCUCUUUUUCAUACUUUCUUUGGUCGGAGUUCAUCGAUGGGGGAAGGAGUGUAAAUCUACUCGUUUUACUGUUUCUGGGGAACCAAACAACACAUAAUCAGUGCACUCUGUGAUUGUGAAACUCGCAGGAUAUUUUCUUGUUGAAUGAAGUCUAAGAGGAUGGCCCACGAUAGUGUUCAUGCUGCAUUAAACUCUGGCGAUAUCCUAUGUGAGAUCCUGCUUCGAGUACCAGAAAAAACUCUUUUCAGACUUAUUCUUGUCUCGAGGAAGUGGCUUCACUUGAUAUGUAGCUAUUCUUUUCGUUCUAGUUACUACACUCGAUGGCGGGAAAGUUCUCGUCUAUUGGGCUUCCUUGUGUGCAAUUUUCUAUACCUUGGAAGACCUCGAGAUGGCUUCCGUCGGCCCCAUUGGGAGCCUGCACUUCCCUUUUUGUCAACUUGUAAAGAAGGUGAUGAUUUAAAGUUUUCUGGGGUCCUCAAGCAGCUUGGUUACUUCAUUGACUCUUCCAACGGCCUUCUUCUUUGUGGCCGCCACCCGAUGACUUAUUAUGUAUGGAGUCCCAUAACCAAGCAACCAUACCAGCUUCCUCAACCUAAUCAGUUCUAUCGAACUUUGUGCAUGGCGUUCAUCGUUGAGGAGUCGCAUGAUAAUGUCAUCUGCUAUAAGGUCAUUCGCGCUAAAUGUGUAUGCAAACCCAUUGAAGUCAACACUGUCUCCAUUGAGACCUUCUCGUCAAAGACUGGUGCAUGGAAACAAUCCACUCUCACUUACUCUACAGGUUUUGCAUUGUGUCCUCGAACUGUCGCUACUGUGAUCAGAGGCGUUGUUUACUGGUUUGCAGUACAGAAAAAUGUAGCUAUUUAUGACCCAAAUCUUGGAGUGAGGCGUCUAUCUUUGGUUAAACUACCAGCUGGCGAGUUAACAUAUGAUUAUGAAGAGUCUGUACUUGGGGAGUCCUCUGAUGGUCAUUUGCAGUAUGGUCAGAGCAGUAAGCUGGGUAUUGAGAUAUGGGUCCUGGAGAAAGAACAAGGCGGUAACUCAUCCGUAUACCAGAACAAUAAGAGCAGGUGGAAUUUAAGAUACAAACUGAAUUUCAGAGUAAUGUGGAAACGGAAUCUGACUUACGCUGAUCAUUCUAAAGAAACCCACAUAUUGUCGUUCCUUCCUCGGAACUCUGAAUCCUUCUUCAUUCGAUCCGGAUCGAACAUAUUUCUUUAUCAGAUUGAGAGCAAAACACUGGAUGUGGUCCGUUAUCAUGGCCGUGGCUCUUCAAUUUCGUGGGAUUCCAGUAAAGUAGCACCAUACUUCAUGCCAUCUUGGCCUCGUUCCUCUUUAUGUCAAGACAUCAACAGUUUUACAUGAUUGGGAACUUUCCUGGAGAAGUUUGUAAUUGUGGUUCAAGAAAUGUUUUUCCGCAGAAGUUUGUAAUUGUGGUCAAAUUCUUUAGAUGUUCAUACGUCUUUGUUACUUGUUGGUCAAUCCUUAUGACACUCACACCCCUAUGUACUAAUUAAAAGAGAAUUGAAAGUAACAAGCUUCUUAACUAA